UAAUUCAGAAGAAGAGAAUUUCCAAUCCUCAAACCCAAGAACAGGGGGCGGAGAAAGUCGACGUGAAGUCAACGAAUCAUGAGACAAAACUGCAGAACAGCGACCAGGGUAAGGCGUUGCCCGAGUCAAUCUCGAAAAUGAAAGUCCACGACAACAACCUCUCUGUUUCUUUAUGGCUUUUGCCUUUUUCACUUUCCUUGUCUUGAUUCAUUAAAGACUGCUGUUACCUUUCAUCAUGCCCUUCUGUUUCUGCCUCAAACCACUCGAGAAGAGGCAGACCACAAUGAAUCGGAAAGCUUCCAUCUUUCUGGCAAUUGUUAUAGUCCUCGCUUUCCGCUUCAUCAACGUUGCCAUAGUCAUGAACCGCGAAGAUCUCUACUUGGAGGCCUCGAACUCAAACGGCAUCGAGUUGUUACGCUACAUGAGCUUCGGCUCUGUUCCCUCUUCAGGCAGCACUUCCGGUAGCAUCACAUCCCCGUCAUCACAACCCAAACAGGAGGGACGUGAUCAUCUUGGUCAUGAUGAUGGUGAUUUUACUUACACUGAUGAAGUAGAGACAACGAAGCUUCGAGGCCCUCACGGAUCGACUAGUGACAGGACCAAGGCUGGAGAAUCCUUGGCAGCCAAGGAUUUGGCCCGAGCUCAGAACAAUUAUGGGAAGAUGACAGAGAUCAGACAUCGAAACCCCAUAUCAAGGCUCAACAAGGACAAGGAUCAGCCGAAGCUGCAUUUGAAGCUGGUCAAUGCUUCGACUUCGCAGGAAUCCGAGGCAGACGGGCUUUCGGGCACCCUCAUGGCUACAUUAAGAUAUGGAGUGAUUCUGGGCUUUGAAGUGUACUUCAUCGAUGUAUACAUAGGUACGCCACCUCAGCAUCUCCCUCUGAUACUUGAUACAGGUAGUGACCUCAUUUGGAUCCAAUGUGCUACUUGCCCUGAUUGCUUCGAGCAAAGCAGCCCCUACUACGAUCCCGAGGACUCCACUUCUUUUCAAGAGAUAAGCUGCCACGACCCUCUGUGUCUCCUGGUCUCGGACCCAGAUCCUCUGCAGUGUCGCGAGUCGAAAAACCAAUCCUGUCCUUAUAUCUACCUCUAUGGAGACAGCUCGAACACUACUGGCAAUUUCGCGUUCGAAACAUUCACGGUCAAUCUCACAGCACGGGCAAGUGACACCGAAUUUGCAAGGGUGGGGAAUGUGAUGUUUGGCUGUGGUCGUUGGAACGGAGGCAUAUCUGACGGGGCUCCAGGGAUGCUGGGACUAGGCAGAGGACCCCUGUCUUUGGCCUCUCAGUUUCAUUCUCUGAAUGGCCAAUCAUUCUCUUACUGUCUCGCGAAUAGACAUAGCAAUCCUAAUGCGAGCAGCAGAUUGGUUCUCGGCGAAGCCGACGGCCUUUUGGGCCGCCCCGGUUGGAAUUUCACUUCCUUUCUUGGAGCCCAAGAAAGCCCAGACAGCACAUAUUACUAUGUCAAGAUAAAAUCGAUCAUGGUCGGAGGAGAGAUUCUCGACAUACCCCGCGAGACAUGGGAAGUGUCGCCGGAUGGGCAUGGCGGGACGAUCAUAGAUUCGGGCACUUCGCUCAGUUAUUUCGUCGGCCCCGCUUACAAGGCGAUUCGGGAAGCAUUCGAGAGGAAGGUGAAGGCAUACCCAAUGGUGGAGGAGGGAGACUUUCAUCCAUGUUACAACGUGUCUGGCGUGUCGAAGCCCGAGAUACCCGGGUUCGGGAUCGAAUUCGUGGACGGGGCAGCAUGGAGUUUCCCAGUCGAGAAUUACUUCAUUCCGGUCGCGCCGGACGGGAUCGUGUGCUUGGCGAUGGUGGAGAAGGACGAGUUCCCCGGGAGUUCGAUAAUUGGGAACUAUUUGCAGCAGGACUUUCACAUGUGGUUUGAUAUGAAGAAGUCCAGGCUGGGUUAUGCAGCCAUGAGAUGUGCUGAUGUUUGACACUUCUGUUGAGGAU